AUGUCGGAAAUCCUUGCAUACCAGAAGACGUCCAUCUGCACACCUGAUUGCGAACGUUCGUCUCAUCAAUACGGUUUAGGUGGGUUCCACUUCCGCCUCCACCUUCUUCUUCUUUCACAUAUGUAUAUCUCGUUCUCCGCCUUUUCCUCACACUUCCGCUUCUCCUUCCGAUCCUUCUUCCAUUUUAAUUUAACAUUUUUCCUCUUAACCUUCUUCCUUUCAUCCCUUUGUUUUCUCCUUCUUCUUCCGCAUAUGUAUAUCUCUUUCUCCUCCUCCACGUCGUCGUCGUCGUCUUCUUCUUCUUCUUCUUCUUCUUCUUCUUCUUCUUCUUCUUCCAACUUUUCUUCUUUUCCUCCUCAGCGUCCUCUUUCUCCUCCUCCUCUUCCUCCUCCUCCUCUUCUUCUUCUUCUUCCAUUAUACUCUUUAACGUCCUCUUUCUCCUCCACCACCUUCUUCUUCUUCUUCUUCUUUACAUUUCUCCUCUUAAUAUAUUUCCUCUCAUCUCAUUGUAUUCCCCUCCAUCUUCUUCCCCUUCUUCCACGUAUGUUCAUCUCUUCCGCCUCCUCCUUUCUCUUCUUCGCUAAGGCAAGUUUAUUUCUUUGUUUGUCUCCUCCUACUCAUCUUCUUCUCCGCCUACCACGUUUUUCUCUUCUUCUUUCACAUAUGUCUCUCUUUCUCCCCCACUUCUCUUCCACUUUACCUCCUCCUCCUCUCCUCCUCCUCCUACUUCUUCUUCUUCUUUGA